CUUUUUUUUAUUAUAGCUGUAAUCCUCUUACAAACCAAUACAUGCUGGUUGGAAUCAGUGGACAAUAAUGAGUGGUGCCGCUUUGGGCAUUGAGAUAGUUGUCGUCUUCUUUUUGGCAUUAAUCAUACUACAUCGAUAUGGUGACUUCAAAAAGCAGCACAAACUUGUGAUUGUAGCAACACUAUUAGCUUGGUAUCUUUGUUUUCUCAUAGUCUUUAUACUGCCUUUAGAUGUCACUACGACUAUAUACAAUCGGUGUAAGCUUGAUAUCAAUGGGUCGUACAUACAUCCCACCAACAGUGGAUCGGCAGUACAACAACAAGACUCUAAUCCCAUUCAGAGUAAACGCGAAUGCUUCAAACCAUGGAGUUACAUCCCUGAUAGAAUUAUGCCCAUUUUUUGGCGUGUAGUUUACUGGACGUCACAGUUUUUAACAUGGAUUCUGUUACCCUUUAUGCAGUCCUAUGCUAGAUCAGGAGGCUUUUCCAUUACUGGAAAGAUUAAAACAGCGUUAAUUGAAAAUGCUAUAUAUUAUGGAACGUACCUUUUGAUUUUUGGAGCAUUCUUGAUAUAUGUAGCUAUAAAUCCAAACAUCAGCCUGCAAUGGAGUCAGCUUCAGACAAUUGGAAUAGCUGCUGCCAAUACCUGGGGCCUCUUUCUGCUUGUCCUACUGUUAGGAUAUGGUCUAGUGGAAAUUCCACGCUCUCACUGGAAUGGAGCUAAAAAGGGCUAUCUUCUCAUGAAGACUUAUUUCAAGGCUGCUAAACUGAUGACUGAAAAGGCAGAUGCAGAAGAAAACUUGGAGGAUAUUAUGGAGGAGGUUCGCAAAGUAAAUGAAAGCAUCAAAUACAACCAUCCUUUGAGGAAAUGUGUGGAUACAAUAUUAAAGAAGUGUCCUUCAGAAUAUCAGGAGAGGAUGGGUAGAAACAUGGAUGAUUAUGAAGACUUUGAAGAAAGAUCCAAUAGUUAUCCAACAGAGAAAAGCCUAGUGAAGCUCCAUAAGCAGGUAAUUUAUUCCGUUCAAAGGCAUCGUCGUACGCAGGUCCAGUGGCAAAUUCUUUUAGAGCAAGCCUUUUAUCUGGAAGAUGUGGCAAAAAAUGAAUCCAGUGCCACUCAUCAAUUUGUUCAUACGUUUCAAUCUCAAGAAUCUGAAAACAAAAUUAUCCAAUAUCUCUAUACACCAACUCUUGAGUGGUAUUGGGAGUGUCUUCUGCGACCAUGGUUUCAUAGGGUUCUCGCCAUUAUCUUGGCCAUCUUUUCCAUCAUUGUUGUGUGGUCAGAAUGCACGUUUUUCAGCCCAAAGCCGGUUCUGUCGCUGUUUGCAGUCUUCAUACAACUAGCGGAAAAGAAUUACAACUAUUUUUACAUAGAGAUGGCUUGCUUCUUUACAGUCUUUUUCCUCAGCAUCUGCGUUUAUUCCACGGUCUUCAGGAUCCGUGUAUUCAACUAUUAUUAUUUAGCUUCACACCAUCAGACAGAUGCAUAUAGUUUGCUUUUCAGUGGCAUGUUGUUCUGUCGUUUGACUCCUCCAUUGUGUCUGAAUUUUUUGGGCUUGACUCAUAUGGAUUCAGCAAUUUCUCAGAGAACUACAGAACAGCCAACUGCAUAUACAUCUAUUAUGGGAUCGAUGAAAGUGUUGUCCUUCAUAGCCGAUGGUUUUUAUAUCUAUUAUCCCAUGCUGGUUGUCAUUCUCUGUAUUGCUACUUACUUCAGUUUAGGAACUCGGUGUUUGAAUCUUCUGGGAUUCCAGCAGUUCAUGGGAGACAAUGAGAUGACCUCGGACUUAAUAGAUGAAGGAAAAGAGUUAAUCAGAAGAGAAAAGAGAAGACGGCAGAGGCAGGAAGAUGGUGAUAAUAGAAGAAGGGAGUGGAAAGAACGGUAUGGAAACAAUCGUGAACCUUCAACAAGAAACAGAAAUAUUCAAGCAGACCAAAAGGAAUCUAGUUUCACGGAGAUCAGUACAAACAGAUUAACUUCCAAGUACACUAGGUCAAAUGGAAGGAAUGAAAGGGACAGAGUAGAACUUCUGCAGGAUGCAGAACCUCUGGACUUCAAUGCAGAUUCAAUUAAUGAAGAUCCUCUUGACUCUGAGUCAGGAAGGUACCAGUCUGGUGGGAGAUACUUGUCAAUGUCUCGAAGUAGAAUAUUUGAUGAUGUCUAAAGCCCCAGAAUGCUCGGAUCUCACUCUGGAGAAUGCCCUUUCAGGAUCUCAUUCUGCAAUCGAAUCAGCUUCAGUUCACAGGAAAGAAAAUGAAAUGUGAGAAAUAAGGAACUUCUUUCUUCUUCAAAAUGCACUUUGUAGAAUUAGUUGCCCAAUUCAAGAUGGGCUAGAGCAUUGGUUUCUAAAAUGGGGAUAACCCCAGCAGCGGUGCCUUUCCCACCUUUCCCCUCACUCCUUCAAACUCUUCUGGAGAGAAGAGAUUUAAAUAAGAAGAGAAGGGGCACAAAACAGAAUGGGAUGCUAGGCAGCCGGGAGAUAAGCCGCGUGCUUGACAUUUGGGUUGGUCUUAUCUCUGAAUGAAGAGGCCUCGUCUUCUGUUAUGAACUGGAAACCUAGUAUUGUAGGAAAAAAAGUCAAAAGCCUCUCCUAAUUCCAGACAUGUUUUAGAAGCUGUUGAUACAUAAAGAAGUAUGGUUUUGACUUUUAGAGUUGGAUCAAGGUAAAGUUAAUGCAGAUGCCAUUUUAAAACAACAAAUGUUGGGCCCAAAUAAAGAUGUCAUUUGCAUGUAUUGGAAGUUAAGUUUUCUUUUUGGGUGAUGGGGGGAAAACUUUCUAAGGAUUAAUACAAUUGGGUCUUCCGAAAUGUACUUCAUUAGCUUAGUCCUAUUUGAUGCAAACUUUAUGAUUACCUUCUAUUCCAACUUUGGUAUGAUUCAGAAAAGGCCAUUUGGACAGGUUUGAGCGCUCAGCUCAAGUUCUUGAAGACCUGAAGAGAUUUUACAAAUCUGUACAAAAUAGCUUUUCUUCAGUGCCUGCCUAACAGUCACUGAAUUGAAAACAAUUUGCAUUUUCAUUAUCUAUAUAUUAAUGACAUUUGCACGCAUAAUAGCAUUGAUAACAAAACCUUAAUAGAAUCUUAACAGUUUGAAAGCACUAUAUUUAAAAUCAUAUACUAGCACAUGGUUGGCUAUAAGGGAAAAACUCAUCACAGAAACAUCUUUUAACAUUUAUUGAUAAAAGCUGCUAGUGAAAAUUAUUCAGCUGAAUUAUAUUUUUGCCAUUCUGAAUUGCAAAGUUCCAAUUUUCUCUGUCCAAAAGUCCAUUGCUUUAAAAGUAAUUUAAUAGUUCUUGUAGUCUGGAUUUUGUCUUUUGAAAAAAUGAACUAUUCUAGUAUGAAAAUAAAAAAUAAAGAUGACAUCCAGCUACAUUGCCUUACAUAGGAAAUCCAUGUUUUAAUCAAGCCUGCAUUUUUGCUGCUAGAACAGUUUUUUCACUACAGGGGG